ACCCACUUCCCUACAAACCCCGCCCAUGGGAGGUGUGUGUGUGUGGGUGUGUGUGUGUGUGUGUGACAUGUGAGACAACCAAUAGUCCAUUCACCCCGCCUUUGCUGCCCAUGAAGCCACGCCCCCUUGCCCAGGAGGCCUUGGAUUGGAUGUGAGCCGUCACCCCCUGAACCCUAUGUGAUGGUCUCCCUUGGCCAAUCCCAGGCAGAGGGGCGGAGCUCUGAGCUCAGCGGCAGGGAAAGAGGCAGGAGGAGGGAAGCUGCUAGAUCUGCCUGAAGGGAUCGGAAUUCCCAAUGCAACGGAGGGUGGCUGUUCUUGGCGGUGGGGUCAGUGGUCUAGCUGCCUGCUACUACCUCACCAGGAGCUCCCAAGCGCCCAAGGUCAUCCUGUUGGAGGGCAGCAGCCGUCUUGGAGGCUGGAUCCAUUCCACACGCACAGAGGAUGGGGCGGUUUUUGAGCAUGGGCCCAGAGGAAUCCGUCCUGCUGGGGCUGUUGGAAAAAACACCCUGCGUAUGGUCUCUGAACUUGGACUUGAAGCAGACAUCCUUCCCGUAUUGGGUGACCACUCGGCCUCCAAGAAUCGUUACCUUUACGUUCGUGGCGCUCUGCAUAAACUCCCUUCGAGCAUUCGGGGUGUCCUCCAGACUGUCCCACCUUUCACUCGGCCUCUGGUCUGGAGUGGGCUGAAGGACCUGAUGGCCCCCCGAGGUUCGGAGACGGACGAGACCAUCCACUCCUUCGUGAGACGCCGUUUUGGCCAAGAGCUGGCCGAUAUUGCGAUUGACAGCCUGUGCCGAGGCGUGUUUGCCGGAGACUGUCGGACGCUGAGCGUGCGCUCCUGCUUCCCCGCGCUGUUUCAGGCCGAGCAGACGCACCGUUCGGUCAUCUUGGGCAUGGCCCUUGGUGGAGGAAAAAGUGGCCCCGUGGAAUCUCCGCUCAUCCGCAGGGCGCAGGAAGAACGCUGGAGCCAGUGGUCGCUGCGGGACAGCAUGGAGACCUUGCCCAGAGCCCUGGGUGACUACCUGAAGCAUCGUGGGGUGGAAAUCCAUUGUGAUGCUCCUGUGAAGGAACUGCAGAGAACGGCGUCUGGUUCUUGGCGGAUAAUCCUGGAGGAAGGCAGUGUGGAGGCUGACCACGUGAUCAGCGCUUUGCCAGCCCGAGUUCUCGCGGCGUCGCUCCCUGGCUGGGCCGAACCGCUUUCCCGAGAGCUGCUCACCAUUCACGCCGUUUCUGUCAGCGUGGUGAACCUGCAGUAUAAAGACAUACAGCUCCCUGUCACGGGCUUUGGACACUUGGUACCCUCCUCCGAGGACAGCUCUUUGCUGGGCAUCGUUUACGAUUCGGUCGCCUUUCCCGAGCAGGACGGGUCCGACGGCCCUACCACUCGCUUGACCGUGAUGUUGGGGGGCGCAUGGUUCACGCCCGGCCUGGGGGACCCGGACACCGUCUCCCACGCCGCCCUGCUGAGCCGGGCCCAGGCAGCUGUGAAGGAGCACCUUGGUGUGUCCACCGAGCCUUCUCGCACCAUUGUCAAGGUGCACAAGGCCUGCAUCCCUCAGUACACACUUGGCCACUGGAAACACAUCGCGAAUGCCACCGCUUACCUUGAGCAGAAGCAGCUGCCUCUGAGCUUGGUUGGGGCCUCCUACGAGGGCGUCUCUGUGAAUGACUGCAUCUCCGGGGCCCAGAGCGCAGUAGCCAAGCUUCUCGGCCAAAACGUUUGAGGAGGGCUCUCCUCCACUCAAGACUCUGGGGCCCGAUGGCUCCUGUCUGCUGGCGGCUUGGCUCCUACUCUUAACGUCCCGGAGCAGUGUGGCGACGACAAGCUUUGAUUGCUAGGCCCCGGACGCUCGCGUUUCAGAGGAGAAGAGGCGAUUCCGUUGGGUGAGCUGGAAAUGAAGGGCCUUUCUCAUUUAGGGAGGGCAGCUGGGGCCUGAGGGGCAGAAGGCAAAUGCUGGAAACCGGGACGGAUCACCUCGCGACAUCUGAUUCACAAGCGCCAAAACACCAGCGGGGCUGUUAAAUGAGCCUGGGGGUGCUGUUUUGCUAGCAACCAGAAGACUCUGUGUCCUGCUCAGAGGGCCUCGGUUGUUACUUUGCCUCCUCUCCCAGCACUGACUUUUCGGAAUGCUAAGUUUUCCUAUUUUGUGUGAAGAUACAAGACUCGCACUGCUGUUGCCUGGGGUCAGGAGGGACUGGCCCCUAACCAUUCCAUCUCCCCCUCGCCUUUAAUUUUGCAACUAACUCACGGAUGCAUAGAUACACACUUUUAAAAAACCACCUCAACCCCCAACUCGGGCUGGUUGGGAGGAUUUUGCAUUUUCGGCACUGCCACUGGGGCAAGUGAAGGUUGCCGACUGGUGAACGCAACUCUUUAGAAGACAUUAAAACAAAUCCCUCCUG